AUGGGAUUGUUGCUUGGAAGCCUCCAAACUUGUGCCAUCUCACUCCUCCGUGUCUCACACAUUUUUGAUACUGCUGUCGACAAUGAAGUUUGGAGGUCGGCAGGCUUAUUUCUUGAUGCUCUUUUCCUGUCCUCUCUAGUUAUCAAACAUGGUUCCUCUGUAUGUUCGUAG